UCAUCUGUCUUUGUACUGACAGGUCAAUCAUGCCAGUGAUGUUUGGAUUAUGGGAAAGCCCCAGCCUGACAGCUAUGAUGGAAUAGUAACGAAUCAGAAAGAUGUUACAAUAGCCGCUCUCGGCGCUGACUGCAUACCUGUGCUUUUUGCUGAUCCUGUCAAAAAAGCAUGUGGAGCUGCUCAUUCUGGAUGGCAAGGCACUUUGUUAGGAGUUGCUAUGGCUACAGUAAAUGCUAUGAUAACAGAAUAUGGCUGUAAUGUUAAGGAUAUACUUGUGGUGCUGGGCCCAUCUGUUGGACCGUGCUGUUUUACACUUCCUCAGGAAUCAGCAAAGGAAUUUUACAAUCUUGAUCCAAAAUGUGUCAGACAGUUUGAAUCUCCA